GUUACAAUGUGUCCUUUGCAGGCUUCUGAACCAGGGCUGUAGUUUAUAGAUUUCUCUAUACCAGCUUAACUAUAAAAGAUUCCAGGGGGCAAAAACACAUCCAUUUGAAGUUCACUGCAUCUAAAACUGCUUUAGCAAAGCAAUAUCGAGCUACACGGUGUCUUGUUUUGAUCUUAGCCUUCUCUGAAGAUUUACAAAGGAAGAAAGGGAGGGGUGGCUUCUAUUGUAUAAGAUCUUGAGGGUUGCAUAUUUUAGCUGCAGCUAAACCCAGUUUGAUCUUGGUGGUAACUGAGGUAGCCUUUUUCCUUCCUACUUUAUUAAUGGCUUGUGUAUAGUAAACAUUAUGAAAACAGUGAAAUUUGAGAGGCGACUGCAGUUACCUGAGAACCACGGAAGAAUAGGCUGUGAGUCUACGGGUCCUGGGUUACUUGCUAACAAGCAUUCAGGGGAAGCACAUUGGGAUUGCUUGGUGUCUCAGGUGCAAGUUCUGCCACCCAGCAGACCACAACCAAUAAGCUGUAUAGAAAGCAACGGCCUGGAAAGCCUGCUGAUGCAGAUGAAACGACCCCACAAGCAAUCAACAGGGGCCCUUCCAGUCAACAAAAUACCUCCGCUGUCUGUCAGAACGGUGUCUCUACCAGAACUGUGCAACGAAGGCAUUGUGAUUGCACCACAACAGCGGGAGAUCCUCGAAUCUACUCCACAAUACUUUCCACCUUCUAGAAGAUGGUCGUUUAUGUCUGUGAAAUCUGCAUGCAACGAGGAUACCUCUGGAGGGAGUGUCACACCUGACUCUAAAGGCUUUUUGGAGAAGGCUCGUUUAAGGUGUACGGCAAGGAAGGAACGUGUCGUUUUCUGCAUGAUGGAGACUGUUAAAAGAGGGUGGUUGCCAAUGCAGAAGAAAGCAGCCACCUGCGUUAUUCACAGUGAUAAGGAGCAGAAAGAGACUGCUUCUUCCGCAAGAGAGGUGAACUCAUCUCCAAUGCGAAACGACUUGGACUAUAAGCAUAACCCAAGAAACAAGGACAACAUUUCUACAGAUGCAAGUGAAGGAAACCAGUGUAAUUCCUGUAUAACCUCAACGGGGCUGAGAUCUGAGGGAUUUCCUUUUAAAGGUACCACAGACAUUCACAAGGCCUUCAACAGAGAGAAAGUUGGUUUGCUGGAAAACAGUUUGCCAGAUCCCAUAGUGGGUUACUUGCAAGACCUCCGAGGAAAUAAGACAGCCUUGUUAUCAUUUCAGCCUGAUCUGAUUCACUCUGAUAAUCUGCACAGGAAGGAAUGUGCGGCACACUGCAUCAGUCCCUCACUUCCCGCAGAACAGCCAAGCACAAUAGGAGUUCUGAGGACCUCCAGAGACAAUGUGUGUCGGACAAACUCGGCUCACACGGAGAGUAAAGCUGACCUGCCAAAGAUCAGACCAGGAUUCUCAUCCAUCACAAUAGCAGCUCGGAGAGUGGCAACACCGGCCAGCGCGCCACCAGAAACAACUCCUGACAUCUGUCUAAAACACACAAAGGGAGCUUUGCCUUUAAAUGCUGUUGAUUCUGUUGUCACUGUGGAUGGGCCUUCGGUUGAAAAGCACUGUAAACCUGUCCUGAGAAACAGAAAAGCCACAAUAAUAAAGGUGACAGAGUGCAGGCACAGGUACAGUUACACCGAGGGCGAGAGUGGUAAAAAAGCUAGAGCGGCUGAGCACAGGCACAGUUACACUGAAGGUGAAAACAAAGAGAAUGAAUAUUCUCACUUUUGUGAGGAGGGGGACAGAAGAGGCUCCUCUGCCUCCUCGUCGCAGGGUUUGAUUCGAUCAUCCGCCCACUAUAAAGUACCACCUGAGUCAGCAAAUGCUGUCUUGUACCUGGACAAGACCCUUUCCUUUUCCAUCCACAUGCCUGAAACAAGCACAGUCCGACAAGUUCACAGAUCAGCUCUCUCUUUGUAUCUGAACAGCAGUUCUCCCACAGAAACACUAGAUUUCGGAAGUGGCAAGACUAAUGAAAAGUAUUUACCAGGUCCUAAACCCACUGGGAACAGCAGCAGAGUAUAUGAUAGCGUAGAAAUUAACCAGGAGACAUCCACAGUCCCACCAUUAAAUGGGUUAACUCCUCACAAACAUUCAUGUGUCGACGGCGUCUGGGGCAUUGCGUCUCAAUCAAGCUCACAAGCAAGCGCUGCUGCCGUGACAAAAGCACCACAAAUAGAGAAACAAGAACAUCAUUUUAAUUAUGAGACCAGCAUGCAUCGGAACAAUUUCAAGACCCUGUAUCUUAAUGAUGCCCAAGUCAUUACAGGCCCCCAGACUUCCAGUUAUCCAAACAGGAAGCAGGCUGCUGAUCAGGGUGUAGCUAAAUUUGCUUCCCUUCCGGAACAAGAUGCACUUGAGAGAGGUUCCCCUUCAACCGAUGAUGUGACAAGCUUGGGCAAGGUGUCAGACUGUGAGAAAGAAGACAUCAGACAGCAGUCCACCCCCAGCAUAACAGAACAUAUAGCUGACUCCACAACCAGGAACCUAGGGAAACCAAAUCAGUGCGUUCAGUCAGAGACCCACACUGACCUUGAGGACGGCUCUCAGACAGCACUGACUCUAAGAGAAGCCCUGGAACUCCUUCGGCCUGACUUCAUAACUCGCUCCAGGGAACGCGUGCAGCAGCUUGAACUGCGAGCACUGCAGAGGAGAGCCGAGCAGAGCGAGAGGGUGAGCGCACCCCCAGGAAUACCCUCCAGCACCGCCAACAGAAAGAGGCAGAACACCAGACCACACCCUCUCAGUGAUAACCUUUUCAAGCCAAAGGAGAGAACCAUUUCAGGAAAGGAGAUGCAACUGAGAUCUAAACGGAUAUACAAACAGCUGCCCGAAGUGAAAAGGAGAAAGGAAGAAGAAAAGAAAAAAGUGGUAUCGCAAACAAACAGGCUUCGGGCUGAGCUUUUUAAAAAGAAAUUACUGGACCAAAUACUACAGAGAAGCAUUGAUUGAUGAAGAUGGAUCCUCUCUUAAAGGACAUCCACUGUGUGCCAUUGCUUUUAGCCAAGCCCUGUAAUGUACUUGUGUUCCUGUCUGCUUUAUUAUAAGCUGUUUCAUAUAUUUGUGUAAUGGUAACAGGGUGUUCUAGCCUUACUUCAGAAGGUACCUACUGGGACAUUUGAUAUACCCAAGCAGCAUUGCUUUCAAUACUAUGUACUGUAAAUAAUAGCUGUAAGGUCUGAUUCUGUAGUACACAUAAAUACUCUAUAAACUCUAACACAUUUUCUUUCUAAUUCAACCUGGUUAGCAGUUAAUCAAAGAAGAUAUAUCUAGCAUAACCCAUGAACAUUGACAGAGUGCCGAUUGCAUGAAUUAAGGAACGUCGAACUGACUAUCCUCAUGAAAGAAGUAAGCACUGCACUCCAAGAUAUAGCAAGUACGAUGUAUGGAAAAGAAAGUAUGCUUAAACCUAAAUUAAACAGCUUAAGGAAAUUACUUUACUUUAUAAUCAAGCUUGUCAUCUGCUUAGCAGUGCGGUUUAAAUUGGAUUUUGGAUUUUAAUGUAUGCAAGGUUCUAAAUUGAAUCAUACAUUUCAAAGCGCUUAUAUUUUAAAUUGCUGUUAAAUCACUCACUAAACAAAGCUGCUUCAAUAAACUCCAUGUUAUUCUAAAACACGAGGUUGUGUUUUGUAUACCGGAUGUUUGAUACUGUUUAAUGUGCACUGUUUAUUGAAAUGUACUGUAUAUGUAAUCUACCAGUCCAUGCACUGAUAAACAGUACAAGUUUUGUCCUUUGGUUUACAUGA